CGCCAUUGAAAGAUGGGGAAACCGCGACUCUCGACCAUUGCCUUUCUUCUGUAUUGCCUAUCUGCUGCUGCGAAUGCGGCAUCAGAGGCGCCGCGGCCGCGUGGCGUAGGUCCAGAGUUUGCAAAGUUCUACAAAGAUGGGGACAGUUUUACGUGUAUCUCUAACCCUACUGUUAAACUUGACAUAUCCCGCCUCAACGACGACUACUGCGAUUGCCCCGAUGGCAGCGAUGAACCCGGCACUUCUGCAUGUUCAUACCUCUCCCCACUCUCGCCUCCCCAACCCUCGGAGCUAGGCAAGGGUCAAUUCAAUGAGACGCCAGCAUUACCCGGGUAUUAUUGCAAGAAUAAAGGGCACCUGCCCAGCUAUGUGCCUUUCACGGCUGUCAAUGACGGCAUCUGCGACUACGAGCUGUGCUGUGAUGGUUCUGAUGAAUAUGAUGGAGUUGGUGGUAUUAAAUGCGAAGAUCGGUGCGCAAAGAUUGGCAAGGAAUGGCGGAAACAGGAUGAAGCGAGACUGAAGAGCCUUGGGGCUGCGAACAAGCGCCGAAGAGAGCUGGUCACUGAAGCGGCUAGGCUGAAAAAGGAAGUCGAAGAUAGGAUUCAGACCUUGCACACGCAGAUCCAGGGCGCAGACAUAAAGGUUCAAGCAUUGGAAAAGAAUCUUGAGGAUAUUGAGAGGCAGGAGAAGGGGAGAGUCAUCAAGGGCGCAGGCAAAGGAGGGAAGUUGACGGUGUUGAUGACCCUGGCGAAGGAGAGGAUUGCGGAGCUGGUAGAGAGUCUUACAAGAGUGAGAGGCGAGAGGGAUGAGGCGAGGAAUAGGGUUAAGGAGCUUGAAGAAAUCCUGAAGAAGUUUAAGGAGGAAUACAAUCCCAACUUCAACGACGAGGGUGUCAAGAGGGCUGUCAAAGCUUGGGAAGACUAUGCUGCGCAAGAGAGACCUGGCCCAGAUGGGGCGCACGAUCGAGAUCUUGAAGAGAUCUUGAAGCCCGACUCCGAGAACGGCAUUAAUUGGGAGGAAUAUGAAGAGGGCGAACAAAGUGACGUCGACGUGUUGUACAAGUUUGAAGAAUAUCUCCCAGAGCCCUUGCGGAACUGGGUUGAUCAGAAACUGCGUGAUCUGCGUAUCAUGUUGAUCGAAAAUGGUAUCCUUGCGGACCCACAUGACACCAAUUCCCCUGAAUCUAAAGCUGUCGCCGAUGCCCGCCAACAACUUAACACGGCCCGCAGUGAGCUGGAUACUGACAGAAACGAACUCCAACGGCACCAAGAAGACCUGGAUAAAGACUACGGUCCUGAAGGCGUAUUCCGAGCGCUUAAGGGUCAGUGCGUAGAACAAGAUUCCGGCGAGUACACUUACGAAUUCUGCUGGAUGGAUAAAACGACGCAGAAGUCCAAAAAGGGCGGUGGGCACACGGGCAUGGGAAACUUCGCACGCAUUGAGAAGAUCGUGGUGGAUGAAGAUCUCCCGCCUGACGGUAAAGGAUUGGGAUCUGGGGAGCGUUAUGUUUUGCAGUUUGAGAACGGUCAGCAUUGCUGGAACGGCCCGAACAGGAGCACACAGGUCAUCUUGGCGUGUGCCGAGAAGGAUGAGAUUUGGAAGAUUGUAGAAGAAGAGAAAUGCGUGUAUAGGAUGGAGGUUGGGUCUCCGGCGGUUUGUGAGGGUAAGAUGAAUGGCGUCAAGCAAGUUUCUCCUGCUCACAACGAGUUGUAACAAGCGGUUUUUUUUUUUUUUUUUUU